AUGAUUUUGCUUAUUGGGUUCAAGAAACCAGUUGUGUUAGUCGGGCCAGUAUUGCCUGAACCAAUAGAGACUUCAAAUACAGAGGAAAAUUGGUCAAAAUGGCUCGAAAAAUUCCAAGAAAAGACGGUUAUUUUGUGUGCAUUUGGUAGAGAAUGUAAUCUCAAGAAAGAUCAAUUUCAAGAACUGGUUUUGGGACUUGAACUUACUGGUUAUCCGUUUUUCGCUACUUUAAAACCGCCUACUGAAGCUGAGACAAUCGAAGAGGCAUUACCGGAAAGUUUCAAAGAGAGAACACAAGGGAAAGGCAUUGUUCAUUCAGGAUGGGCAGAGCAACAAUUGAUGUUAUCUCAUCCUUCUGUUGGAUGUUUUGUCACUCAUUGUGGUGGGAACUGGUUAUCGGAGGCCAUGAUUAAGGAGUGUCAAUUGGUUUUAGUACCAAAUUUUGGUGAUCAAUUCAUAAAUUCAAGCUUGUUUGGUGGAGACUUGAAAGUUGGAGUGGAAAAGGGAUGA